GUAGCAACAAAUAUGGCCGUUUUAGGAAUGAAGUACUAAAUACAUUGUAAAUUUAUACGAUAUAAAUGUGCAAAACAAUUGUUUUGCCUGAUAUGUAUGAAUAGAAACAAAUGUCAUAUAAAUCUGGAUCCUGUGGAAAUAGUUGAAGAUGUUCAAGAAUGAAUUUCAGGGUGGGCCUUAUUUUGAGGUGUUUAGUACCCAAGGCAAGGAUUCUACUGCAGGGUGGAAAAUGCCAUCAUCCGGAUGUAAGAAGGUUUAUGACAAGGAAGUUAAGGGCUAUAUUUAUGUUCUGGAGGGAACAUCAGCUACAACUAAAAUUCACUUACCAAAAGAUAGCAGAACAUCUUGUACAUUAGUACAGCACUUCCUUAUUCUCCAGAUCAACAUUUUCAUUGGAAAAGAGUUUUCAGUUGAACUGGGAGUGAGUGAUUUGGGGAAUAACAAAAGGAGAAUUCUGCUGUCUACCUCACAGAAAGAAAUGAAUAUCACUCCACUCCACGCUAAAAUUCCACUCACUGUUGUGCGCAGAAACUUGUGGGUGAAUCUGUGUCUAGAUAUGCUCUCACUGGUCAGUGAUACUUGGAAAGGCCAGACGUACAGAGCCAUUGAAAGUAUUACCGUGUCAGCAAAUUGCAAGAUCAAGAGAAUAUUCACCAUGAAAGUCCAGCCUCCCGAUACGACAGAUGAUGAUGAAUUGUACGGAUGUCUUGAUUUGAACAGCGAUGAGUUGGAAUCCAUUCCUAAACAGUGUCAGUUGGCCAGUGAUAUCAACCAGGUGACACAGGUUUUGACAAUCAACAAAAUCAGACACAGCGAAAAGUGUAAAGGAGAUUCAGUUAGACCUUCAUCUUUGCUUGACUUGUCAAAUUUAGAUUUAAGCAGUAGUGGAAGGAAGUUACUGAGCACAGGGAAGGACGGCAAACACCACAUCGCAUUUGGGUCCAAGGUUCCAGUUCCAGAACAUCCAAGAAAGACACUACUAUUGUGGAAAGGAAAUGCCACAAGCAGAAGUUUUAGAUCCUUGUCUUCAAGAAAUGAUGAGGUUUUCAGCAGUGAGUUUGUGGCAUCCAGUAUGACUAGUCAGGAUGGAUUUAACUCCAUCAGAUCAACACAGAGCGCCGCCUGUCACCCGCCAGCCUCUUCACGGCACAGCCAUAAUCCCGAUACAGCCACGGUAGAAGAAGUAGAUACAGCACACAGUGAAACAUCUCAGGACCACAUCGUUGCACCACAUCCACCACAUCGCCCAUCGUCUGACCAGCCGCGGAGAAGACCACGGGUGAAGAACUCCACUUUACACAAGGACAGACAGUCGAGUGUCGGCAGAGAUGAACCUGCCAAUGAGAGUGUCUCAUUGAACAGUCACAUCUACUCGCGGACUGUCAGUCUGGAAAGCACAGCUAUCGACUCUGUGCGUGAGAGCAGGUCUAACGGAAUCGUGAAUGGAAGAAGUCCUGGACAGUCGUCUCACAGACAGACGAGAAACUUCCCCAGUCUCAAGGGAUCGGGUCUUCCACAAACAACCAAUCGGCUGCGCAGUUCGAAAGAGAUGGGCGUGGGACCCGACGUGCCUGAGAUACAGAGAUCACAAAAUGUUAUGGUGGAGGACUCGAUGAGUAACAUAAUCGGACUGUUGAAUGACAAGACGGCUGAGAGUGGUAGCAGUAGCUCAGGUUCUGAUGAAGAAACUUCACAGCCGGGGGAAUACGAGGACAGUGAUGAGGAAGAGCCGUCAUCACAGAACCAGCUUCAUGUAUUUGCCUCAAGGCCAACGAAAGCUCCACUCAGAAUCAGGUCACCAGGAACAGCUGUUUUUGAUACUGGACAGAAUAAAACCGGCACCGCUGUAAAGACAACUAGGGUACAUGCCCGAGGGGCUCAGCCCGAAAACGACUUCUGGUCCAGUAGUGAGGAGGAGGAAAUGCACGGAAAAGGCUGGAAGUCAGGUUCACGACCUCACAGUGGAACUUCCAGCACCGGGGCCAGUCCCAAAACAAAUGUCAAAUCAGGGUCGCACUGUCGAGGAGGAUCUGGCAGCCAGAGUAGAGGGGGUUCUGGAAACCAGGGCAGGGGAGGGUCUGGAAAUCAAGGCAGGGGAGGGUCAGGAAACCAGGGCAGGGGAGGGUCUGAAAAUCAGGGCAGGGGAGAGUCUGGGAACCAGAGCAGGGGAGAGUCAGAAAAUCAGGGCAAGGGAGGAUCAGAAAAUCAGGACAGGGGAGGGUCAGGAAAUCUGGGAAGAGGUGAUGCUGAAAGUCUGUUGCAUGAAAUGUUUGACGGUGUGAAACCAAAGAUAAACGUGUCGGCACCAAAACCUUCGAGUAUUAGUCCAGAACACAAGCAAUUCAACCCGGCGCUGUACACGGCGAUGGGCAGUCAGAACGGUGGCCUGCUGACCAGCGCGGUGUCGAUGAGUCGUACGUCAGUCAGAGAGAUUCCCAAGUCGGACGCCAGACUCUUACAGGCGGUGUCGUCCGAGAGGCCGUAUGAUCAUACCCUGUACCAGAUGGCAGAUGUGACGGAGAGCUUUGAGGCGAGGAUGUUCCUCAGCAUGCAGCGACAGGACGAGGAGACGAGCCCGGAGUCGCCGCGCAAAGACGUCCACCUGCUUCACACCAGUCCGAGACGACAGCGGCAGUUCGACCAGCUCAACCCCCACCUCCACAGCGAGUCUCCCGCAACAACCAGCGACGAUGAUACCAGCUUCAGUACCUGGAAGGCCCCGGCUCCAAACCAGACUCAUCAUAAUUACCAAGACGAAAUGAAGAGUCGCCUGAGCAGUGACACGUUGACUUCAUCCAAUCCCAGAGACUGGAGUGGAGGAAUAUUCAGUCCGCCAAUCAACUUUCCGAAUGUUGGAGAUCUUCAAAACACGGCCACUUCGGAAGAUCUCAGCGAGACAAACGUGUCACCACGGAAACACAGCCACGAUUCUCAUCCCGAUGUAAUAAAAAAUGAAGAGGAACUGAAUCUGUUCUUCGAUUCCUCUCUGAACUGUUACUACGACCCAAAGACUCACAAGUACUAUGAGCUGGCAUCUUGAGACACGUGCACUCAGAUUGUUACGUGGUUUCAGUACUGCAGGCAUUGUUCCUUAUUGCGUGUGACCAGCUAGUGUGAUAUCGAGUGUGUAGUUAUAUUGGAAAGAUAAUAAUCACGUUGCCCAGAGUCCAUUUUACAGGACCUGAGGAACGAUAAUAAAUUAAAUCAUAUUGCCUCAGUGGUAUGGUUGUUCAGUCAUCUGACUUAAGACUGCUAGGUACUGAGUUUGAAUCCCGAUACCAGCUCCCAUAUGCAGUUAGAUUUAACGGCUCGUUGGUGAUGUGUGAAACCACUAUACUGACCUCUUUUAACUAACCACUAAUAACUAAACAUCUUGGACUGGCAGCCCAGAAAGAUGAGAUGUGUGACAAGGACAAUGUGCAACCCAGGAUCUGAGGGCGAUAUAAAAUCAAGUUAAAAUAAAACCCAAUGAAUGGUUAAUUGAGGACCCAAAACCUCCAGAUUUCCUAUAUCUUUAGACUGGGUCUCUGUAUCCUUUAGGUUUCCUCUCUGUAUAUCUGUGUGGUCCUUAACCUUAUGUCUGAUGCCAUAUAACCACAAAUACAAUGUGUUGAGUGCGUCGUUAAAUAAGAACAUUUCCUUCCUUGCACAUCUUGUAUCCUUUAGAGAACCUGUGAUCGGAGUAAAGCAGCGUGUAAGACAUUGAGCAGUCACUGCUCUAUAGGAUUGAUCUCCCCUUUCAGUCUGUUCUAAGAACUCGAGAUUCCAGAUUUUCUUCAGUUUGAGGAUGUAAUUUUGUAGUCUCCCAAGUUGUACUGCUAAUUGGAGAAUUGAAGACUUGAUAUUAUACAAUAAAAAAAAAACCUAAAAAAUUCCAAAUGUUUUGUGGAAGGAGGAUAAGGGAAUGCCCCAGUAUCCUUUUAAGAACUGAUGAAACUGUAUCACUUGUAUGUGUAAUCUUCUGUCAGUGGACAGCUAAACAGGUAGUAUGAAUUUUAAAGAACUGCAUCUCUAGACCGAAAUGCUGGUAAAUUAUAAUUGAAGUAAAAUAAUGUUUAAGAGGGGAUCUCUGGACCAGGGGCAGAUGCAGAAUUUUGUAGGAAAAGUGUGCAGUGUUCAAAAUUACACUGAUAUUCAUUCCAUACAUGGCAAUCUUCCACAGAAACACCAAGAUAUUGCAUGUCUCCCAAUAAAAGCAAAUAAUCUAAUUGUAUUGAUCUGUUAAAUUCUGAAUUUGUUGAGACACAUCAAGACUCAGGAUGGGGUUAAAUAGAACUGUAAUGACAUACCUUAUACUGCGCAGAGUAGACUGACUGUGCAUAACUUGAACGUACUGGUACUUAAUAAACAUGGAUAUUUCAGGAGUGUAGUGGAUGUAACUAAUGCAGGCAUAUUAAUUUUCUGGACCAGCAAAUACUGUUUUAAAAGUGUUAAGAGCAAUGUAUGGUUGUGGAGUUGUACAGGUACAAUAAGGUUUUAAUUAUUAAACCAUUGUUAUUGUUAUUAUCUGAAAAUAAAAUAUUAUCCAAUAUAUAUUAUAUAUUA